AUGCCCGGAAAGUGUGUGCACAAGGGCUGCGGCAAGACCUUCGCCGACGACAAUGAAGAAUGCGUCUAUCAUCCUGGUCCACCAGUCUUCCACGAGGGACAGAAAGGAUGGAAAUGCUGCAAACCCCGCGUCCUGACCUUUGACGAAUUCAUGACCAUACCUCCUUGCACAACGGGCAAACACAGCACCGUAGACGACACGCCCGCCGAAGAACCAAAGGCCACUCCCGCCGACGCCCCUACACUGGCAUCCACAUCUACACCCGCUCCUGAGCCAGCAGCACCCGGUCGCGCUCCCACAGCUCAAGCCCCACAACCACCUGCUUCGCCCGCACCCCCAGAGGAUGAAGACGACGACCCAGACACCCCAGUCCCUGAUAAUGCAACAUGCAAGCGCAAGGCCUGUGGCGUGACACACAAAGGCGCUCCUCGCAGUGACGACGAGAACUGUCAGCACCACCCAGGUGCCCCCAUCUUCCACGAAGGCAGCAAGGGCUGGUCAUGCUGCAAACGCCGGGUCCUGGAGUUUGACGAGUUCCUCCGCAUCCCCGGUUGCAAGACUAAAUCACGCCAUUUGUUCGUUGGUGCAAAGAAAGACGACGGAGAGGAAAAAUUGGAGAGCGUAAGACAUGACUUUUACCAGACACCCGACAAAGUCAUGGCUUCGUUGUAUUUGAAGAAGAUUGACAAGGCAAUCUCAAAGGUCGAGUUUCAAGACAAGGCCGUGGACUUGGAUUUGAGGACGAGUGACCGUAAGAGGUUCCAACAGGUCGUGCCGUUGUUUGGCACGAUUGACAAGGCAAAGAGCGAGUUCAGCGUCAUGGGUACGAAGCUGGAAUUGAGGCUCGUCAAGGCAGAUGGUGCUUCAUGGCCGGUAUUGCGUGGAGACGAGAAGCACACUGGCGAAAUUAUUCAAAUGGGUCGCGCAGGAAGAGCAUAA